AACGUAGUUUGUCGGUUUUAUUUAUUGUAAAUAAAAUUAAAUAACUCAGAAGGUGGCUAAAUCAUAGAAGGCUGAACAGCCAAUAACGAAGAAAUAUAAUUAAUUUAACGCAAACAAGUUAAAUAAAUAAAAUAAACCAAGAAGAACACUAGUGUUUUGUAAUAAAAUACAUCUUAUUAAAGUUUUUCGUUAUUGUAAUUUAUGGAAAGCUAUUAACUCCGGAUUACUUAUUUACAAUUAUUCAGAAAAUGAAAACCCGCAGAACACUAAGACCACCAAGGAUCUUAUUUAAUUUUUGUGUCGUAGCAUAAAUUUGCGAAACUACUCAUAAUGCCGAGAAUGUUACCUUUUAGAAUAUGUAUUAGAGACUGUUUCGUUUUAGUUCUUUUGGUUAUAUUUAAUACUAUUCAUAUAACAGAUAUGGCUAACAAUAACAUCCCAAAUAAGGAAAGUAAAGGAAAAGAAGGUAAUAUUGAUAAAAUGUUGAACUUUAUUGAUAAUGAAGAUUAUUUGGAAAGUUGUCCUAGCAUUGAUCAGAAAAAUGUUUCAUUAUGCUCCACAUUAAAUUAUCCCUGUAUCACUUGUAAUAGAAGCAUAGACUGUCGCUAUGGAGGGUUCUCAGAAUAUAAGUGCACAGUUAAACCAAAAGUAUAUUGUAAUGGCACUAAAUCAUUUAAUAGAACUGCAAUGUGUCGAUUCUGUUAUCAAACUGAAAAGUGGGAACAUAGAUGUGAUCAGAAAGCAAAUUGCAACUCUGUAGCUUCUCCACUCACAUACUAUUUAACAAACUGUACAGUAUCAGAUGAUGUCAUUUGUUUGGGGAAUCGAACAUUUUUAAAGAAGAUUCGUUGCUCAUGGACUGCUGGUACAAGAUGGGGUACUGCUUUGAUUCUUGCUCUGACUCUUGGAGGAUUUGGGGCAGAUAGAUUCUAUCUUGGCCAUUGGCAAGAAGGCAUCGGAAAGCUUUUUAGUUUUGGUGGUUUAGGUGUUUGGACCCUAGUAGAUGCACUCUUAAUUGGAAUCCAUCACUUAGGGCCUGCAGAUGGUUCUUUGUAUAUUUAAAUAAGUAUAUGUAGUUAAAUUAUUAGACUUUAAUAAAAACUUUAAUUUUACUUUAAAUUAGACUUUAAUUUUAUUAAAUAAUGCUAAUAAAAAACAUCAAAUAUAUAAAUAUUCUCUUUAUUAGUUAAUAAAAAGGAAUUUAUAAUUAAUCAAACAAAAUGCUUAUAAACUAAAUCAACCAAUUCAUUCUUCUUUAAAACACUAAUUGACUUCAGAUCAGGAAUAUCUUUAGAUCUCAAUAUUUGUUUUAACUGAAUCACAUUAUAUGUAUUAAUUUUUUUAUUAUUUAAACGAUUUUGGAAAUCCUCUUCAUCAAUUUCUUCUGUUUUUACCCUUUUGGUAGUUGUGCCAGACUCUUUUGUUGCGGCCAUGCGUUUUGGAGCAAUCAUACCAAAAGGUCCAAAUAUACUUUCAAAUAAAUCUUCCUUGAUAUCAUUAAACUUAUUAGGAUCUGGUUUCGUUGUGUCAAUGUAUGGUUCCAUUUCUUCAUCUCCAAGGGCAAUUGCUUCUAUAGCUCUAUACUGUGACUGACAGACUGGAUUCUCAAACAUAUCUGGCUUAUAAUCAAAGCUCAACUUGUUGAUUACAUCUUUCAUAGUUGCUUUAUGUGCUAUGGGAAUAGCAAUAUUUUCUUCAUCCUCAUCAUAUAUAGAUAAUUGCCUUACAUGUUCCAUGAAAGGAAUUUUUAUAAUAUCAAAACCAAUUUCAAUAUCUAAACCAAGAGGGUGAGAACAUGGUGACAGUGCAACAAUGCUAGGUCUAGAGUUUACUCUAGUACAUAAAACACAAAUUGCAACAACAGAUGUAUCAACACAAGCUUUAUAUAAUGCUUUAAAAGCCUUAGUGGAUCCUUCAACUCUGUUUUCAUUUGGAAAUAAAAAGUGACUAGCUUUAUAGUACCAUUUUUCUUUAUUCAGCAUGCUGGCUGGUUUGAAUCCAAGAAGUUUCAUCAUAGGAGGACCAAAAGGAUUAGUCAUAAUUUUCUUUUCCUUGUCAGUAAAUAUAAUUUUCUCACCUCCAUAUUCUUGAUAGUGUAUCAGUUCAGAUUUCAGUAGUGGUAAUUGCUUGUGUUCAGUUUCAUCUUCAUCAGUCUCCAUUGACAUGUUUGGUGUCUGUUCAAUUGAUACUUUUUGUGUUUUAUUGACACUAGUAACAAUAGCAUUUGUGUCUCUAUCUAAAUAAUCUUUCUUAGGUUGAAAGUUGCUUUUUAAAAGACUGUAUACUCCUAUACCAAUUUCAAAUCCUUCACCAAUCUCGAACAUUAAUUGGGCAAUUGCUAAAUGACGAUGGGACUGUUUAUACAUUAAAGUUUCUAUUUCCUUAGGAUCAUAAACUGGCUUUGGUAAAAUAACAUCAUGAUUUCCAGUUGCAUCUAUUAAUAGCUCUUUGUAAAAUUUGUGAGGUGUAUAGUCAUUACUUGCUAUGUUUAUAAAUUUUAUUUCAAUGUCAGAUUUUACCAUUUCCUUUACUCUUGAAAAAGUUGGAUCUUGGUCGCUUUCAAUUGGUGGUACUUCAAAUUUAGUAAGGAUUAAUACUGUCCGUGUCACUAACUGUUUUUUACAAUUUGCAAACAUUUUACUACAAUGCCACAGGGCAUCUGACAUUAUUAAUGUCUUAUCUUGAGAACAUAAUGAUAAAUCUAUGUUUUGUAGCUUUUUAAAGUCCUCUAAGUUAGGUAGAUUCAAUGGAAACACUUCCAAAACAUUUUGUGUAUUGAAGUUUGAUGCAUCCAACUCUCUUGUGCCAUAAAAACAAACACCUAAGUAGUGCGUGUUCGCUUGACGCAAAUGAUGUCUUAGUAAUCGACAAGUUGAAACAUGACUUAAGACAGCAGAGUCACUUUUCUUUGAAUCGUAAACAUUAAUAAGUAUUAUUGUACCUGGAACGCCUCUCCACGAAUGGUAUUCUUCUUUUUCGUCAUCAGAAUCCAUGAUUACUUAUUUAACAACAUUAAUUUAGAUCUAGAUUAAGAGUUC